UUGGCAAAAAUUAUACUGUAAUUUAACCCUUCCCCGUUCCAGUUCCAUCCUCACUAAGCUGGUGCAGCUGCAGUCCACAGAAUGAGCAAGCAAGGCUAAGGGUGCAAACGGUGCUAUUGGCUCCUCAGCUGUAAACACGUACAUACUUGGUUUCUUCCUCGGUCUGCUGUACCCAGGGUUGGCCAGGGUGGGUCCGUCUUCCUUCCGUGGUUGGAGGCCAGAUGGCAGGUCCCGCCGCAGGGAGGCAACUAGAAGACCGUCACGAUCACAACCCUGGGAACCACUAAUGCCGAGGUCUUCCACGUAUUUCCCUUGGUCAAAGAGGAUUCCCGGCCUCCGACCCUUUCAAAUGCUCCGCCAGUCCGGGGCCAAUCGUGACGCAGCUUCUUCCGUUAGUUACAGCCAAUCAUCGACGGCUGUGCGUUGACGCCAAAGAGAGGCAAGUGAAGCCUGGACGUGUCCAUCUUUCUUGAAGGCAAAAACGUUUUUUGGAACUUCCCGGCCGGUCCUCCCGUUCCCAGCAACGCCGUAUCUCCUGAGACGGCAAUUGUUUUUAUGGGCAAAUGGGGCACUAAAGCCAGAGAAGCCAGUAAGGCGCCAUAUUUGAUAUACUCAAGAAAGAUGCCCUUAAGUACAUUCAGCGGCGACUGAAGCCACGUUGCCGCCAUAUUUUCUAAAGGCGUCUUCCGGGUCUUUUAACUCCGGUACGUCCGUCCGAGCGGCCAUGAAGUGGAUAGACAUCUAGGAGUUUUAUUUGUCCUCACGAGAACCCCGAAACUCCUAGCAGCCAGUCCCUGCUACUGCGGCUUCCCUGCCUGGCCGCGCUCGGCGAGCGAGGCGGGGCGGGGCCGGGCAGCCCCUCCCGUGGCCGACGGGAGCUGACGCCGGAAGUGGGGCGGCGGUGGCUCGGGGGACCGGGCGGCCGGCGAUAGCGCCGGGAUCCCCCAUGGCGCCACCCCCAGCCCCGCUGCGGGGGCCGCGACCCGGGGAGACCCAGCCUGGUUGCAGGAAGCCCGGGGUCGUGAGGUUCGCGGACGUGGCCGUGUACUUCUCCCCGGAGGAGUGGGGCUGUCUGCGGCCCGCGCAGAGGACCCUGUACCGGGACGUGAUGCGCGAGACCUACGGCCUCCUGGGCGCGCUCGGAUUCCCGGGCCCCAAACCAGCCCUCAUCUCUUGGAUGGAACAGGAGAGUGAGGCUUGGAGCUCCGCCGCCCAGGAUCCUGAGGAGGGGGAAGGCCUGGUAGGAGCUCUGAGAGCAGACACGCCAACCAAGGAGGAGGAAGCUGAGGAAGGACCGGGAGACAAGGGGCCUGGAAUGACCCCUGGGGAGGAGCCGCCUGAAGAGUUGGUUAAACACAGUCCUAACUCAUCUGUCAGCAAGGCCGCGGCAAGGUCACAGCCACCCAGAGAAGCCACCUGGGAUCAGAUGGCUGCCGCUGAGUCUCCUGUCCCUGCGCCCACCGCGGACGCUCCGGCCAGCCAGCGGUGCCACGUGUGUGCGGACUGUGGCCGCCGCUUCACCUACCCCUCGCUGCUGCUGAACCACCGGCGCAUGCACUCCAACGAGCGGCCCUUCCCCUGCCCCGAGUGCGGCAUGCGCUUCAAGCGGAAGUACGCCUUGGAAGGGCACCAGUGGAUCCACCGCUCCUGCUCGGGGGGUCGGCGGGGCCGGAGACCUGGGAUCCGGGCUGUGCCUCGGGCCCCAGUCCGCGGUGACUGGGACCCACCUGUGCUCUUCCGGCACUACCCUGACAUCUUUGAGGAGUGCGGGUGAACAGCUCCUGCAGGCUGGAGUUGAGCCCAAUGUUACUUACACUAAGGACUGCCUGGCUCCUGAGGCAGGGACUUGGGACCUGAAAUUCAUCCCUUGGGUUUUCUCCCAAGGAUCCCUCUCGAACUCGCAAGUUUCUAAACUUGUAAAUAAGAAAAGUGCCUGUAACGACUAAACAGAUCAAACCAGGAGUGGUGGUGCACACCUGUUAUCCCAGCACUGGGGAGGCUGAGUCAGGAGGAUCACUGUGAGUUUGAGGCCAGCCUGAACUACACAAUGAGACCCUGUGUCCAAAAAAAAAAUUUUUUUUUUCAAAAAAGAUCAAAUAGAUUAAAUUUGACAACCUUCUUCCCAUUCUUUUGUUUAAAAACAAAAACGAAGAAGGUAGAGGAGAGAAUCAGAUGCUGGACUUUUCUCACAGUGUUACCUCAGUAGCAGGUACAGGUGAGACCUUUCCCUUAUCUCAGGGAACACCCACUGGAUCUUUAUUUGCUUAGGAGGUAAAAGGUGAGCUGGGACUCAGGCCUGGGGGAAGGCCCCAGGGGCGGGGCAUGGUCUGACCCUGGUUAACUAAGUGCCCCCAGCAGGAAGCCAGGUAGCUGGGGUGGGGGGCGUACAGACCCAUGUGGAACACACCUAGUCUGUGCAGGUUGUCCAGAGGCGUUGCUGGUAAGUCACGUGGCCCCCUGAGCCUCAGUUCCCUAAUCUGUAAAAGGAAGGAAGGUUAACAUCAUCUACCUCAAAGGUUUGGUGUGAAGACUGAAGUCUUAAUGGGAUAAUAUGUAUGAGAUAGUAAAUGUGCAAUAAACGUGUUGAAUGAGUGAA